AUGCGUUCUAAUUAACCAAAAGCCACAGAAAAUGGGUCUAAGCCAUCACAAUAUUUUGAGGGCAAUAGAAAAGGAGAGGUAAAUGAGUUGAAAAUAUUGGUUAAGAAUACAAUAAAUGAAAAGGAUGACAAAAAGAAACGAGAAGUAGUUAAGAAGGUGAUUGCUUACAUGACAUUGGGUAGAAUCGAUGUUUCUAAAUUAUUCCCAGAAAUGUGCAUGGCCUCUUAUACUAAUGACUUGGUAUAAAAAAAGAUGAUAUAUUUAUAUCUGACAACAUAUGCAGAAUAGAACAAGGAUAUGGCAUUCAUGGCCAUUAGUACAUUUCAGAAGGAUUGCAAACACAAUGAUCCCAAAAUUCGUGGAUUUGCUUUGAGAAAUUUGUGCUCUCUUAGAUUUAGUGGUGCAAUAGAAUUUUUAAUGCCUGCAAUAAAGGAGGCCUUAUCAGAUAUUGAUGCAUAUGUCAGAAAAACAGCUAUAAUGGGAUGUGUAAAAGUUUUCUACAUGCAACCAGAGUAAUUAAAUAAUAUUGAAGACCAAUUAUAUAAAAUGAUUAGUGAUAAUGAUCCUCUAGUAAUUAUAAAUGCCAUUCAUGCACUCAAUGAAAUUCUAGCACAAGAAGGUGGAAUGGCAUUAUCAAAAAAGAUGGUCGAUUAUUUAUUAGGGAGGUUGAAAGAAUUUAAUGAAUGGGGAUAGGCCACCAUUUUAGAUGAGCUUUCCAAAUACUCUCCAAAAGAUGACAAGGAAAUGUUCAACAUUAUGAAUCUAUUAGAAGAAAGAUUGAAACAUUCCUGUUCAGCAAUUGUUUUAGGAGUUAUCAAGGUUUUCAUGAAUUUUACUAAAAAUAAACCUUAAAUAUAUGAAUAAGUCAUUACCAGAGUCAAACUACCAUUAGUCACUUUAGCUUCUAUUAGCGAAGGCAAUUUUGAAAUAAUGUAUACUAUUUUGUGCCACAUCAAAUAUAUUGCAUCCAAAGGGUACAAUUCUGUAUUUGCUUCCGAUUACAAAUCCUUUUAUUGCAGAGUAGACGAACCCACCUACAUUAAAUUACUUAAACUUGAAAUUCUAUCAUAAAUCGCAUGUGAUUUUAAUUUAGGAGACAUGCUUAAUGAACUAGGAGAAUAUGUUACUGACGUUGAUCAAGAGAUCUCUAAAAAGUCAAUCUAAGCUUUAGGUGCUAUUGCCAUAAGACUACCUGAUUUAGCAACUGCUAUUGUAAAAUAAUUGUCAUCCUUUGUAACUUUAUAAGACUAUAUUACAAACGAAGUCAUUCUAGCAUUUAAAGACAUUUUGAGAAAAGAUCCAAAACACAUUAAGGACUGUUUAGAAAUUAUCCAAUCUGAUAAUAUAACAGAUUCAAAUUCAAAAAUUGCAUUGAUCUAUAUUCUUGGUCAAUUUGGAAGCCAGAUUCCUUUGGCUCCAUAUAUUCUAGAAACAUAUAUAGGGGCCCAGGAAUCUGUAGAAUUAAAGCAUACUCUGCUUACAUCUUGCUUGAAAGUGUUUUUUGUUAGAGCACCAGAAAUGCACUAAGUCUUGGGUAAGCUAUUUUAUGUGAUCAUUAAUAAUGAGAACGAGGAUAUCGAUUUGAAAGAUAGGGCUGCAUAUUAUUAUAGAGCAUUAAAAUCAAAUGCUAAUGAAGUUAAGUAAUUUUGGUAAUAUAACAUUAAAGUCGAUAAAUUCCUUGAAGAAACUAUCAUAAAUAAAGAAGCUCUACUAUUUGAAUUUAAUUCUUUGUCUGUCAUUUAUGAGAAAAAUGUAAACAAAUUCAUAAAGCCAAUUGAAUACUUUAAUAAUCUUAGAAGCAAGGAGUUACAAGAUCUUAAUUAAGAAUAGUCACAAACCCAAACAACUUAGGAAUAGACCUCAGAUGUUAUAGAAAAUCCAUAAUCAUAACCUUAUGGCUAAACAAAUGGCUAAACUAAUGAUCUCCUUGAAAUUUCUGAAUAACCUCAAUAACAGAUGUCUCUUAGUGUAGAUAGUUUCAUAGUCAACUUUGCAAUUGAUGCUGAUCAUUUUGAAAAUAUGUGGACCAAUUUAAACGAUGGGGCAACGUUUACAAGGAUGUUAGUGCGAAAUGAUAUUGCCAACGAAACCUCAAUUGAAUAACUAUUCAAGCAAUACAGACUGUAUAAUAUCGCUGCAGGAGAAGAAGAGAACGUAUUGAAAAUGUAUUUCUACGGGUCACAUUAAUGCUAAGUCUUUUUUGAAUUUGAGAUUAACAAGAAUCUUAGUACAGUUAUACUAAAUACAAGAUCGGAAAUAGAGGAUCAAGCAUAUUUAGCAUCAAAAUAUGUUGAAGAUUUUCUUAGAUAAGUUCAUUUAAUUGAGUGA